AGCAUCAAAGUUUCAUUUCAAUGUUUGUCAUGAACUUACUCAGUCUUUAUUAAAGAUAUCAAAGAUUAUUUUCACAUAAAGUGUCUAAUCUCUGGUUUGAGGACUCUUUUAUCACUUUUAGUCACUAAGCCAUAACAGCUGGACUCAAACAGGUCUUACUUGUUUUUAAAGGCAACCAGACCCUCACUUUACAUCCCGUUUCCACCCUCAGGAGGAAACCUGAGCAGAAAUACCGGUUUAAAGGUUUGAACUAAUUGGCAAAGCAAUGCAAACACAGCACGGUUUACAACCCCAUACUGAACUAUAUGGAGCUCCUUUGAACUGCAUUGCUGUUUCUCCUCCCCCUAUCUGUUUCUUUUCCGUUUCUUGUUUCCUCUUUCUCCACGCCCUCAAUCAUAGCGCACGUAUGAGUCAGCAAAUGCUUCAUGGGAUGGCUUCAUGGCUGGUGGAAGUGAGAUUUGUGAUAGAUGAUCCAAUGGUGAUGCGUAGAGAAGAGAGACAGUUAUCAUUGGAGAAGAGGAUUAGAUGUAAAGCGACUUGCAGGAGCAGUGCAACAACUUUCCGGCUGCCCUUAACACAAAGAUGGUGUCUACUUUCUUGCCUGCGUUGGGACGUGUUGCUGUGUGUGGUGGUACCCACGGCAAUGAGCUUUCAGGGGUGUACCUGGUGCGAGAGAUGGAGCGACAGAGGAAACAGAAGGGGGACAGUGUGUGGCCCGUUCCUGUCACAACAGUAAUAGCAAACCCACGGGCCGUGAAAGAGUGCAGGAGAUACAUCGAGACAGACAUGAACCGCUGCUUUAGCAACGACAUACUGAGCUUCCCUAUUACAGACAACACCCCAUACGAGCUCCGGCGGGCUCACGAACUGAACGCUCUAUUGGGGCCAAAAGAGUCUGCAGAUGCGACUGACCUGAUCUGUGACCUCCAUAACACCACUUCAAACAUGGGUCUGACCCUCAUCCUUAACACAAGGGACUGUAUGGCCUUGCACAUCUGCAAAUACUUACAGACAAAGAUAACCAGAGUGCCUGUGAGAGUUGUGAUGAUGGAUGUUCCCAUUAGUGCCGCAUAUUCGUUGGAAUCUGUGUCCAAACAUGGCUUUACGAUAGAGGUCGGGCCGCAGCCGCAUGGGGUCAUCAGAGCAGACAUUUAUGAGGCAAUGAAAGAGGGCGUUGAUGUCACAAUGGACUGGAUCAAAAAAUUUAACUCGGGUACAGUAUUUGAAGGCGGGGAUGUUGAAGUCUUCACCCCUCAUAAAAGCAUUGAUUAUCCCAGAGAUCCUGAGACACAGGAGCUGACCGCAGCCAUUCACCCUCAGUUGCAGGACAGAGACUUUGGCCUCCUUAAGAAAGGUGACCCCAUGUUUUUGUCAUUUUCUGGAGAGAUUGUGAAGUAUGAGGAAGAAGAAACACUUCACCCUUUCUUUAUUAACGAAUGUGCCUACUACGAAAAAGGAAUCGCCUUUCAUUUGGCAAGAAAGACGUUGAUUUCGAUUCCAACUGUGCAAGUACAGAAAGACUGAACCAAAAUCUACAAGACUGAAAUCAAAGUCUAUGCAAAUCAAAGCAAAAGGAUGUUUCCAUUGAUUUCUGAAGAAAUCAGAUGUAAAUACUCGCUCUCGAAAAAAAAAAACACAUGCAUAACAUUUUAAAAUAAAUAUUUUUAAUUGA